GCCACGGCCGCCCGGCCGCGUCCCCUCGCUCGCUCACCCCUUUUCUCGCGGGCUCAGCCCGGGAGCCGGCGCACCGAGCAGCCAGGGGCGCCGCGCGCUCGAGGGACACGCGCCGCUCCUGGACGGCCCCGGGCCCGCUCCCCCCACCUGGCCUGUGUACCCAGGACGCAGGGCCGCGCGUCGAGCCUCGGACGCGACGCGCUGGGGGUCCCCGGGGACUGGCCAGCCGGGCCGGGGCGCUACGAUGGAGGAGUCGCAGCGCGCCCGCUCGCACACAGUCACCACCACCACCAGUUCCUUCGCGGAGAACUUCUCCACCACCAGCAGCAGCUUCGCCUACGACCGGGAGUUCCUCCGCACUCUGCCCGGGCUCCUCAUCGUGGCCGAGAUCGUUCUGGGACUGCUGGUAUGGACGCUUAUUGCUGGAACUGAGUACUUCCGGGUGCCUGCGUUUGGCUGGGUCAUGUUUGUGGCUGUGUUUUACUGGGUUCUUACCGUCUUCUUCCUCAUUGUCUACAUAACGAUGACCUACACCAGGAUUCCUCAGGUGCCCUGGACAACAGUGGGCCUGUGGUUUAAUGGCAGCGCCUUUCUCUUGUACCUAUCUGCUGCUGUCGUGGAUGCAUCUUCUGUCUCCCCGGAGAGGGACAGCCACAACUUCAACAGCUGGGCAGCUUCAUCGUUCUUUGCCUUCCUGGUCACCAUCUGCUACGCUGGAAAUACAUAUUUCAGUUUUAUAGCAUGGAGAUCCAGGACCAUUCAGUGAUUUGUCAUUUUAAUAAUUAAAUGGAAAAUAAAAAAGGAAGAAUCUCACUGUAAAAAACAACUGUAGGUAUAAUGUAUAUUUCCAGAGAAAUGUAUUUAACUAAUGUUUUUAUAUACUUAGUUAAAUUUGCUUGCAAAUUAGUUUGUUACAAUUAAACUGGAUUCUUUUUUACCAAGUGUUAUAGCUUAUAAUGAACUUCUAAAUAUUGAUGUUGUCACAGACCUUAUUUUCUUAGACAAUGUUUAAAUAGAUAAAUUGCUAAUAUCAAGAUGUGUCAAGUUUGUAAACUUAACUUUUGAAGUGCCAGAUUCUUUUUUGAUUAAAUGUUGCAGAAUCUCC